CGCUUAAAUAAUCAUAUACUCGAUUACUACCCUCCGAUAAUAUUAUCAGAAACAAAACAAAAAUAGAUACAAAUUAAACGGAUAAAAAUGAACGAAACUGAGCAUUUUACCACUGACUCCACGAAGCCCAUCCAUCCCGACGAUGGCGUGCUGCGGCUGUACUCGAUGCGCUUUUGUCCCUAUGCACACCGCGUGCAUCUCGUGUUGGAUGCCAAGAACAUACCAUAUCACAGCAUCUACAUAAAUCUGCAGGCCAAGCCCGACUGGUUUGUUAAGAUGAGCAGCACCGCCAAGGUGCCGGCACUGGAACUGGUCAAGGAGAGCGGCAAUCCAGUGCUAGUUGAAUCUCUGGUCAUUUGCGACUACUUGGAUGAGGUGUACCCAGAGGUGUCGCUCUACCCGACAGACCCCUUGAAAAAGGCACAGGACAAGAUACUCAUUCAGCGUUUCGGGCUGUUCAUUGCGGCCAUUUACAAGCUGUUGCUUGACGACAAUCCCGAUCUGGAUCUCGCCGAACUGAACACCGGACUGGACAUUUACGAGAAUGAACUGAAGCAGCGUGGGGAUACAUUUUUUGGCGGCGCCAGGCCUGGCAUGCUGGACUACAUGAUUUGGCCCUGGUGCGAGCGUUUUGCUGCCCUGAAACACGACGACGGGACCCAAGUGGAGUUGGAUUCACAGCGUUUUGUGACACUACUCAAAUGGCGCGACUUGAUGCUGCAGGAUAAGGCCGUGAAAAGUUUCUAUCUGGAUGGGGAGACACAUGCCAAAUACAUGAGCUCACGUCGAGCUGGCAAUGCAAAUUACAAUAUGCUCUACCAUGCCGCCAAGCGUGCCAGACGGGAGUAACACUUCGCUGGCAAGAACACGAAGAGCUGCAUAUCAAAGUUGCAGGAUUACUAAUGCUUAGUACCUUAUAUUAAUAGAAUUUUAAAUCAAAAUAUUAAAAUUCAAUUUGAAUUGUA